AUGUUGAUAACAAAAUUAUUAUUUUUCUUAUGUGCUAUAAAUAUAAGCAUUGAAGCAGCAAAAGUUUUAGCAAUAUAUCCAUGUCCUUCAAUUAGUCAUCAAGUAGUAUUUCGGCCCCUGACAUUGGAGUUAAUCAAGCGAGGACAUGAAGUUACAGUGAUAACUCCAGAUCCCUAUUUUAAAAAUGACACUGCUCCUAAAAAUUUAAGAGAAAUUGACGUCCAUGAUAUCUCAUACAAGAUUAUGAAAAAUUUCAUUCCUACCGUUACUGGAAGUGAGGAUGAUUUAAUAAAUCAAGUUUUGGUAAUACCUAAGAUAAUUGAAGAGAUAUUCCAAAAACAAAUGAGAGUGAAGGAUGUACAUGAAAUUAUUAUCGAUAAAAAACGACAGUUCGAUUUGAUCCUUUUGGAAGCAUUUUUUGUACCAGUGCUGGGAUUUACACACAUUUUUAAAGCACCGACAGUUUUAGUAAGCUCUUUUGGACCAUUCAUUGGAACUUAUGAAAUAAUGGGAGCACCAACGCAUCCUACGCUAUACCACAACCUGCAUCGUCAAAGAUUAUAUAACUUGAAUUUAUGGGAAAAAGUGACCGAACUGUACAAUUACUUUCGAAUUCGAUAUAUUUUAAGUUCCAGCGAGGAAAAUUACAACAAACAGAUUAAAACCAUUUUUGGUCCUGAUACUCCACCUUUAAGCGUUUUAAAAAAUAAUGUUGAUAUGUUAUUGUUAAAUGUUAAUCCGAUUUGGGAAGGAAAUUAUCCAGUGCCACCAAAUGUCAUACAUAUGGGAGGAUUACACCAGAAAUCUCCAAAGGAAUUACCAAAGGCAAGUUUGUUUCUUAAACGUUUUUUUUAA